ACUCUCUGCUCCUCUUGGUCUUCCCAAGAAUAACACAACUGUUUGUUAUUCUUCCGAAACACAUGGCUUCUUCUCUUGCUGCUAUAAACUCUUUAAUCAAACCAACAUUUCAACCAAGAGAAUCAAGCCCCUCUUGUUCUUAUAAUAAUGUUGUGGCUUUGCGUAAUUCCAAUAGGAAGAGAUGUGUCAACUCUUUACAAACAUAUCAAGUACCUUCUAAAAUUGCUACCACUGUACCCACUAGCCCUUCCUCGAAAUGGAAUUUCCUACAGAAAGCGGCCGCAAUGGCCUUAGAUGCUGUCGAAGCUAGUCUAGUUUCCCGUGAAAUGCAACACCCGUUGCCUAAAACGACAGACCCUGAAAUCCAAAUUGGUGGCAACUUUGCUCCAGUACCCGAACACCGUGUGAGCCAUAACCUUCCGGUCACAGGCAAAAUACCAGAAUGUAUUAGUGGUGUUUAUGUUCGGAAUGGAGCCAACCCUCACUUUGAACCAACAGCAGGGCACCACUUGUUUGAUGGCGACGGUAUGGUCCAUGCAGUCCAUUGCCACAAUGGUACUGCCAGCUAUGCCUGCCGAUUUACAGAAACCGAGAGGCUUGUUCAAGAACGAAAUUUAGGACGCUCUGCUUUUCCUAAAGCCAUCGGUGAACUUCAUGGUCACUCUGGCAUAGCGAGGCUGGCACUUUUUUAUGCUCGUGGUUUAUUUGGACUAAUUGAUCACAGUCAUGGCAUGGGUGUAGCAAAUGCUGGCUUAGUCUACUUUAACAACAGGUUACUAGCUAUGUCCGAGGAUGACUUACCUUAUCAUCUUCAAAUUACUCCAUCUGGUGAUCUUAAAACAAUCGAAAGAUACAGUUUUGGUGGUCAGCUUGAUUCCCCUAUGAUUGCUCACCCAAAAAUUGACCCUGAAACCAAAGAACUUUUUGCACUAAGUUACAAUGUCAUUCAAAAGCCUUACCUCAAAUACUUCAGGUUCUCACCCGAUGGCACCAAAUCCCAAGACGUGGAUAUCCAACUUUCUGAGCCAACAAUGAUGCAUGAUUUUGCAAUUACCGAGAGGUUUGUUGUGAUUCCUGAUCAACAGGUGAUUUUCAAGAUUUCUGAAAUGGUACGGGGUGGCUCCCCUGUUAUUUACGACAAGAGCAAAGUGUCACGUUUUGGAAUACUGGAUAAGUAUGCAAGUGAUGCAUCAGGAAUAAAAUGGGUAGAAGUUCCAGAGUGUUUCUGUUUUCAUCUCUGGAAUGCGUGGGAAGAUAAGGAGACCGACGAAGUUGUGGUGAUUGGGUCAUGUAUGACUCCAGCUGACUCAAUUUUCAAUGAAAGUGAUCAAGGUUUGCAGAGUGUUUUGUCUGAAAUUCGACUUGAUUUAAAGACAGGAAAAUCAACUAGGCGGCCAAUUUUGUCUGGUGAUGAUCAGGUGAAUUUAGAGGCAGGGAUGGUGAAUAAACACAAGUUGGGAAGAAAGACACAGUUUGCUUACUUAGCGAUUGCUGAGCCUUGGCCUAAAGUUUCUGGUUUUGCUAAAGUAGACCUAUUUAGUGGCCAAGUGAAGAAGUUUUUUUACGGGAAGGAAAAGUUUGGAGGCGAACCUCUUUUUCUCCCAAGAGAUCCAAAUUCUGAAAAUGAAGAUGAUGGGUACAUCUUGGUGUUUGUUCACGAUGAGAAGAUGUGGAAGUCAGAGCUUCAAAUCAUAAACGCCAUGACUCUUGAGUUGGAGGCAUCGAUAAAGCUUCCAUCAAGGGUGCCAUAUGGUUUUCAUGGAACAUUCAUAAGUGACAAAGAUUUGGCAAAUCAGGCCUAAUUACAGGUAAGCCGAUACUGAAACAGCUACUAGAAAUAGAGACAAGGUCUACAUACAUCUAAAGUUCAAGGUAUAUACCGAGUAUAUUUAGUUUGGUAGGCUUAAUUGGCUGACUGAUUAGCAAUCAGUUUUUUGGUUAUAGCUGCAGAAGAUAUUUGCCAGAGGGAUAGUUACAGAUAUAUGUCCCCGGUGUCUCCUAGAUGCAUACAUCUUCAGAACUUUUUUGUCCUCUUUUAUUUACUGUAAGAAUUAUUGGGAAGUUUUUAGGACCAGCUUGUAGCUUUUGAGCAAAGCUUAAUUUAAGCUCAGCUGGUUUCUGCUUACUCCUUACCUUGAUGUUGUGCAGUAACAUGUAUAAUAAUCUACUACAGCAAGUACUGUCUUUUAUGCACUUUUAUCUUAAAAAAU